AUGAAAGUCUCCACUCAGCUUCUAGCCACAGGCGCUAUUGCGUUCACUGCCACCGCUCUAGCAAUGCCUUCGAUGACCAAGCGAGUGGUUGAUGGUACUAAAGUUAUCGGUUGUUUUGCGAGCGCUAUCAUGAAAGGUGAAGAGGCUUGGACUCCUGAAUGUGCUGCAGCUGCAGCGACUGACUUUGGUUUUGCCCGAAAGAUCGACUUUGGCGAAUCCACUCUUGAUUUUACGAAUCCUGAACCUCGGUCUGUGGGAUUUUCCGCACCAGACCUAAAGGUGAAAUUGGCCUCGUUCCCUGGAAUCAGUUGGCCUGUCAAGGAAAUUACUAGUCGUUUCACUGUCAUUGAUGACGGUGUCGCAAUCGCAAAAUACGAGUGUUCAAGCGCUCCUGCUAAGGUCAAAGGCAGCAUCCUCAGGUCUACGAUCGGAAACACUAUUUUAGAGGUUAUAUCAGGACAGGAAGAUAAAUUCUCAAAGCUCAUCGCAGAUGUGAUAAGCAAGCCCUCCCGUAAGUUCCUCAUUAAUGGAAAUAGCGAUGUUACACUCGAGAUCCCUAGCUUUUCACGCGACAGUGAGUCCAGUGCUACCGGUCCCCCGAACACUUUAACAGCCACCAACAUUGGUAUUUCGGCCCCUGUCACUUUGCGAACAUUGGAUACCAUUCCAAUUGAGCACUUGAGUCUAACGAGCCUAACCAAGGAUGCUGACUCAGGUAAAACAACAAUGGUACAUACGAUCAAGGUCCGCAACCAGUCGCAGCUUAACUUGAAGUUGGGAGACGCGAUGUUCAAUCUUCUCGAUGCUAACGGAGAGUUAGUCGGAGUUGCCAGUAUUCCGGACCUCUUCUUGGCCAGAGGCGACAACGAAAUGACAGCUACCACAACGUUCAACAAUCUCGAGGCCUACGACAUCCUGAGAGCCCAGAGUAAUACGUACUCAAUCGUAGGCUUUGAAGGCUCCGUGAAAAACCCGAUCUUGGCCAAUGGAAUGACUGUCAUUAAUUCCCCAUUUGUGAUCCCCAAACUUGAAGUUGCAUAA